AAUUAGGGUUUAAUAACACAAACACACACAGAACAGAACACACGCGACCACUCAUCCUCUCGUCUCCAGCCACCAUCCCUCCACACGCGGUCACCGGUCACACAGCCUCUCGCCGGAGCCUCCACACGCAGCUCCUUCCCGUAUUUAUUUACUCUCUUAAGCAAUGGUGGGAUUAUCCGUUGGAGAAAAGCAUUUUAUACAAGGCGGAAUUGCUCAAGACCUCCGCACUGAUGGCCGCAAAAGAUUAACAUAUCGUCCGAUAUUCGUGGAAACCGGAGUCAUUGCUCAAGCGAAUGGUUCUGCAAGAGUUAAGAUGGGUAAAACUGAAGUCAUAGCUAGUGUCAAGGCUGAGUUAGGAAGACCAAGUUCUUCAGCUCCUGAUAAAGGGAAAGUUUCUAUCUUUGUUGAUUGUAGUCCCACUGCAGCACCACAGUUUGAGGGGAGAGGUGGUGAAGAACUGUCAAUGGAACUAUCUGCAGCCCUUAGACAGUGUCUAUUGGGAGGUAAAAGUGGGGCAGGUGCUGGAAUUAAUCUUUCGUCUUUGUCAAUUGUGGACGGCAAAGUUUGUUGGGAUCUAUAUAUUGAUGGUCUUGUGGUUAGUAUGGAUGGAAAUGUGCUUGAUGCUUUAGGUGCUGCCAUUAAGGCUGCUUUAAGCAACACAGGUAUUCCAAAAGUCAACAUUGCGUCAGCCGCCACACCAGAUGAACAACCAGAGGUUGACGUGAGCGAUGAAGAGUUUCUACAAUUUGACACGACAGCAGUCCUGGUUAUAGUUACUUUAACUAAGGUUGGAAGGCAUUAUAUUGUAGAUGCAACUUCAGAAGAGGAAUCACAAAUGAGCUCUGCCGUUUCGGUGUCAGUCAACCGGCAAGGAUUGAUAUGUGGGUUGACCAAAAGAGGGGGUGCGGGUUUAGACCCGAGUGUGAUUUAUGAUAUGAUAUCGGUGGCUAAACAUGUAAGUGAGCAGUUGAUGAACAAAUUGGAUUCCGAGAUUGCUGCAGCUGAGGCUAUGGAAGAAGAUUCAUGACUUUCGAUCGAUGUAAAGAGUUUUAUGAUAUUGUGUUAGCGUUCUUAUUCAUAUCAGGCGUGUAUCAUUUACAAUCGAUAGUUUGAUGAGGUUUAAACGACAUUUGAUGUCGCAUCAUGUUAUACUCUAGACUGGUGCUUGUGACAAUCUUUUGUGCCCUUUUUAGUCAUUGGUGGGAGUUGGACGGGUAUGUAGGCUUGUAAAUGAACCAAACAUACGUUUUUUUGAACCGUUUAGUGAGAAGCUUGUUUAUGUUUA